AUGAAAGGUAAGUUGGGAAAGAAUGUAUGGGGUGAAGAAUUAGUUAUAUUAGCGGAAGCCUCAAUGGAACCAGCUGUAAUAUAUGUAAAACAAGUGUUUGAUAUCAUAAGCAAGGCGAGCAAUAAUGGUAUAAAAGGAAUUGCACACAUACCAGGUGGCGGGUUCAUGAUUACCAUCUGUCGUGAGAGAAUGGACAUGGCAGUUAAUUGUAAGCCUGGAGAAGCAUACAAUCAGGUUGUUGAAGUUGAUGUUAAAGUUGAAGAACCAGGAAAAGACAACGUUCACAACAACGCAUUCUACACACAAGAAACACUGUUUAAAUCUGAAUCACAAGCAAUGCGGGAUUGUAAUCUGUUAUCUGCUCGCCAUUGGAUCUUAACUGGUCAUAAGUCUCACACUGUGAACAUUCUUGUCAAUAAUGCUCCUGGAGUUCUCAACCUGGUCAACGAAGUUAUAUCCAGAAAGGGUUACAACAUCCAGGAAUCUUUCCGGCGAGGUUUUAUGCUUUGGUUGUCUUCCUCAAUUCAUCUUCCACUCUUCCUCAUGAUCACCUGUGGACGUUCGCCUCUAGACAUCUUCCUUUUUGCCUCUCAUCGCUUCCUUCUUGCAAUUGUUAAUAAGCACCAGAAAGUUAUAAAUGGAAGUGGUUUUAAUUGCUGGGCUUGUAUCAACUUCUCAAGAAUUAUUCCAGAUGGUGCUGCUCACAGUUAUUGUCAUCAGUUGGUCCAAAUGUGCCAAGAAUCUGGCAUGUGUUUCUUUCAUGGAUGCAGUUUCUUGGAAAUUGAUCUAGGCCAUUUGAAAGUGACCAAUGAAGUUAGUUGGCAUGGACCUGCGGAAGAUCAAGCAUCUGUUCAUCGUGACUACUUUCUCGGAUUUCCUUUUCACCAGUUGUCUUGCCAUGAAUUUGGGUGA